CCGCAUUAGGUGUCUACGUCACUUUCACACAGCUACUCUGCUCUUAUGGUGGAAGAGCCUUCUUCGAUCAAGAUGCUUACCGCCACCACGGUUGGACUUUUGAUAGUAGCUUGGAUUCAUCCAAGCUAUGCACUCUAUUUCCACAUAGGAGAGACGGAGAAAAAAUGUUUCAUCGAGGAAAUUCCAGACGAAACCAUGGUGAUCGGAAAGUACAGUACUCAGCUUUGGGACAAACACACCAAUUCCUUCCUCCCAUCCACACCGGGACUUGGAAUGCAUGUUGAGAUCAAGGAUCCUGAAACAAAGGUCAUCCUGUCUCGUCAGUAUGGGUCAGAUGGUCGGUUCACCUUCACAUCUCAUACACCAGGAGAGCACCAAAUAUGUCUGCACUCCAACUCAACCAAGAUGGCGCUGUUUGCUGGAGGAAAACUGAGAGUCCAUCUGGAUAUUCAGGUUGGCGAACAUACCAAUAACUACCCAGAAAUUGCAGCCAAGGACAAGCUGUCCGAGCUGCAGUUGCGUGCCAGACAGCUUCUUGAUCAGGUCGAACAGAUCCAAAAGGAACAGAAUUACCAAAGGUAUCGAGAGGAGCGCUUCCGUAUGACCAGCGAGAGCACCAACCAGCGCGUUCUCUGGUGGUCCAUUGCCCAGACGCUCAUUCUCAUCCUCACGGGCAUAUGGCAGAUGAAGCACCUCAAGAGCUUUUUCGAAGCUAAGAAACUGGUUUAGCCGGAGAGUGAAGACAAGCAGCGAUGGGGAGCGACAGACACGACACCUAUGGACAGACUUGAAUGACUGGAACCAAGACUUGCCACGCAAGAAUUUAGGCAGAUUUUUUUGUUAAGUAGCGGCCAUGAAUGAAGACGGAAUGUGCGAAUUGAAAAAGGCAGUUGUCAUUCUUUUAUAAGAGAACGACAUCUCAGUUGCCUUUCUUUUUUUUUUCUUUUCUUUUUUCAUUGGAUUGACAAUACUGGGCAUCAUUUGGUUACGUGUAAAGCAGAUUUUAAAGGAUUUUUUUUUUUUGGGAAAUGGCUUCUUUGGGGUUCUGUAACAAGUAUACUUUUAAGAAAUUUCCCUUUUUCCAGCGUCUCAUUUCUGUUUGGACUUGCACUUUGAGGCAACAAGCUGCAGAGUAAGGCAUUUAAACCUUGUGGAGAUGUGUGAAAGACAAACAAGCCACACCCACAUUCGUAAACCACUACUGGUACAUAAUUAUUACUAUCAAUGUGUAAAUCCGUAUGCUUUGUCUGACAACAGCAUUUUAUUCAUUUUUUCCUAAAUAUUUCUAAACGUCACAAACUGAAACACAAAUAAGCCACACCCACAUUCAUCAGAAACUUCAUAGUUCCGACUUUACAAUUACACAAUAAAAAAAAAAAAAUCUGAUUUUUAGAAGUGUCUCAAAGGGUUUGAGGUGUUGCAAUCUUACUUUGUUCUGAGGUUAUUGUCUAGAAGUUGUUUCUGUGAUGUUCAUGCAGUUCUGUUGUCAGAACAUUCUAGCUGGUUGGUAUGUGGAUUUUCGGGAGGGUGAGUUUUUGUUAUACUGUAUCUUAUUUAUUUGUAUGGGAAUACCACAAGAUCCUGUAGGUUCAGUUUACUUUUUUCCAUUGAUUGAUGGGGAGUCAUAAGGGUAUGGAUUCGUCAGUAUGAAGUUUGAAUUUUAAGUUACUGAUUGCAGGUGUUUCAUUGAAUACGUCCAACUCCAUAGGUGCGCUACAGUCAACCAUAAAAUGUUAAGUCAUGUUGUCAUCUCCUUGUGCUUAAUAAAGACAUUUGGGCUAUAAAAA